AUGGCUCGGCUGUGGCUCCAUCUCUGCAUCUGCCUCCAGAUCCCAGGUUUCUGUACAAAUCUACUUUUAUUCCAGUCUCCACAGCAUAUUUUAGCCCAAGCUAACAGUAAAAUAGAAAUCCUCUGUGAGCUGAAGGAGAAUGCCGGGGUGUACUGGUACCGCUGGAGCCAGGAGGGGCAAAAUUUUGAGUUCUUGGUAUUUUCCAGUGUGUUGGGCAAAGCCACGUAUGGCGCAAACAUUGACCAGGACAAGUUUAGCGUCCAUGGGGCGAGUUCCCGCACCUCCUACAGCCUGCACAUCAGCCGCCUCCACGCCUCGGACAACGGCACCUAUUACUGCUCCAUCUUCCAGUCCUUCCAGCUCCUUGUGGGCAGUGGGACACAACUCGGUGUGG